GGACCUCCUCACCAACUGGUACUACGAGAAGGAUGCCAAGCUGUACUGCCCCAAGGACUACUGGCGGAAGUUUGGGGAGUCUUGCCACGGCUGCUCGCUGCUGAUGACGGGGCCCGUCAUGGUGGCUGGAGAGUACAAGUAUCACCCGGAGUGCUUCGCCUGCAUGCGAUGCAAAGUGAUCAUUGAAGAUGGCGACACCUACGCUCUGGUGCAGCACUCGGCUCUUUAUUGUGGCAAAUGUCAUAACCAGUUCGUGCUGACGCCAAUGCUAGAAAGACUGUCAACAGAGCCUCUGUGUGAACAGCUGCCGUAUACUUUGACGCUUCUCUCCAUGCCUGCCGCCACCGAUGGCGAAAGGGGGUUUGCUGUGGCUGUGGAAGGGGACUGCUCACCCUAUGCUGCUACUGUUGAAGUGAAGGAAGUCAACCGAACGCACAUCAACCCUGACGUCCAAAAUGCCAUUCACCCUGGAGACAAAAUCUUGGAGAUCAACGGAAACCCAGUCCGCACACUACAAACCGAAGAGGUCAAAGAACUGAUUCACAAGACAAACCAAACCCUUCAGCUGUUAAUUGAGCAUGACCCGGUCUCCCAGCGCUUGGACCGGUUGCGCCUGGACUCCCGGCUGUCCGGGGGCCAUAAGAAGCCCUCCACCCCUUCUAUUUCUGCCUUGGCGCUCAAGGAGAAUCUGGAAGGGACCCUGCGGCGACGCUCCCUCAGGCGCAGCAACAGCAUCUCCAAGUCCCCCGGGCCCAGCUCCCCCAAGGAACCCCUCAUCCUGAGCCGCGACAUCAGCCGAUCGGAAUCCCUUCGCUCCUCCACCAGCGGUUCCCAGCAGAUCUUCCGCCCCUGUGACCUGAUCCACGGGGAGGUGCUGGGCAAAGGUUUCUUCGGCCAAGCAAUCAAGGUGACUCACAAAGCCACAGGAAAGGUGAUGGUGAUGAAAGAACUGAUUCGUUGUGAUGAAGAAACACAGAAGACCUUCCUAACCGAGGUGAAAGUGAUGCGCAGCCUGGAGCAUCCCAACGUCCUGAAGUUCAUCGGGGUCUUGUACAAGGACAAGAAGCUGAAUCUUCUCACCGAGUACAUCGAAGGGGGGACUCUGAAGGACUUCCUCCGGAAUGCGGAUCCAUUUCCUUGGGAGCAGAAGGUCAGCUUUGCCAAAGGAAUUGCCUCUGGAAUGGCUUACCUGCACUCCAUGCGCAUCAUUCACCGAGAUCUGAACUCCCACAACUGCCUGAUCAAACUGGACAGCACGGUGGUGGUUGCUGACUUCGGCCUCUCUCGGCUGAUUGUGGAGGAGAGGAAGAAGCCCUCCCUGGAGAAGCCCCUGGCCAAGAAGCGGACGCUGCGCAAGAGCGACCGGAGGAAGCGCUACACUGUGGUCGGGAACCCGUACUGGAUGGCCCCCGAGAUGCUGAAUGGACAGAGUUACGACGAGAAGGUCGAUAUCUUCUCCUUUGGAAUAAUGCUCUGCGAGAUCAUAGGACAAGUGUAUGCUGACCCAGACUGUCUCCCUCGCACCCUGGAUUUUGGCCUCAACGUGAAGCUGUUCUGGGAGAAGUUUGUCCCGGUGGACUGUCCUUCGGGCUUCUUCCCUCUGGCAGCCAUCUGCUGCAGGCUGGAGCCAGAGAGCAGGCCCCCGUUUUCCAAACUGGAGGAUUCUUUUGAAGCCCUUUCUUUGUACCUGGGAGAACUGGGCAUUCCUCUCCCUUCAGAACUGGAGGAACUGGACCACAGCGUGAGCGUGCAGUUUGGCCUGAUUCGGGACAAGCACUCUGGCAGUCUGACAUAGUCCCACCGCUCGGCCAUCGCUGCUCAUCUUCUUUCCACGGAUUGUCCUGGAGGCAGCA